AGGCUGAGGUUGACGCGGACAUAGGAGGAUACGGCAUUCGCAUUGCUGUCUGGGCACAAGGAUUCGUCAUCUUUUUCAUCGCCCUUGCUGGGACAUUCCACUCCAAGGUCACGGGUGCUAAGGAAAUUGGUGCUGGCCUCAUCCUUACGCACUUUUCCUUGGCUGUGGCGCUGAUGGUCCAGCUGAAUCAAGUCAAAGAGCAAGAUAACCAGAAACGCAGCAUACUCACCUCGGCGAGUGCAGUUCUUGGCGCUAUGAUUCUCGACUCUCAAAACAGUGCCCUCUCUAUCCUCCUCAUCACCAAAGAGACUCUCGCAUCAAUCUUGGUUAAAGGAUUCCUCCAUGACCUGUCGACCCCGCUAGCUGGUGACAAGAACGGCUGCAACUCCAUUCAGGUAUUUUGGUGGGGAAGACUCCGGAGCUUCCCCUACGAUCUAGGACCGAAGAUUCGGAAUUCGGGGAAGGAAACAAACGCUUUCUGGAUUUAUUACAUGUUCAGAUGCAUUCUCUACGCCCAGAGUAGCUUUCAUGCGCUCAUGAAUACGCAAAUAUUUCACAAAGCCCAGAAGGAUGACGCUUUCAAUCUCGAGGGCAUCACACACCCAUCGCUGGGCAAAGGGGAAGCCGGCGCCUCGAAGAAAUCGUGGCGUAGUAGACUCCGAGCUUGGCUUGGAGCUCACUCACAGGAUGUUGCAUAUAUCCCAUACCCAACCACCGUAUCGCUUAUGUACAUCGUUUACGGACUCUUCAUGGUGGCCGCUAUGGCUGCUGCGGAGAUCACGAUAGGUGGCGAUAGCCAUCACGCGAUUUUCAAAGAGAAAAAAGACGAAGACGAUCAAGCACUGUCUAUCGGCCAGAUCAUAGCUAUUGUCGUCGCUGCUGUAACGAUUACCCGGGGACUAUGGCUGUUCUUCAUGUUGUUCAUUAAGGGUGGAGAGAUUAAGAACAUCAAAGAAGGAUUCAGGUGGCCACUACACCUCCAGUUCGAUAACUGAGAGCAUCAGAGGAUGUUCUGCGACAUCAGAGACAACCGUUUGAAGCCCGAAGGACCAUGGGACCGGUAGAGGGGGAGUGGUUGCUACAAAGGCCUAAUGGUAUUAUUAAUAGAAGACGACAAGACGCUCUUUUUAGGUUCCUCGGAUAGAGAUGAUUGACUAGGGGCUUGACUUGUCGCGGCAUGGUUUCCACAUGCCCACUUCAUGGGCUGUCCAUGCUUUCAUACUAGACUUAGCCAUAUAGCAGAAGCAGGGUUGAGGUGCAGUUGAUGAAAAAUUACACAUAAAAUGUGGACGGCUUAGUCGUGUGACCUGUCUUGUGUGCCAAUCGAAAAGAAACGGCUACUGGUGUUACUGACGUAGGGGUCGAGGAUUGCACUCAGGCAUCGACGGUAGGAAAGGUAGGUUCCGUUAGGAUAACGCACUUGAACUCG